GUCAAGUACGUCACAAAUUUAUGAGCACAAAGAGCACAUGUUGUCCAAGGCAACCAAGAAGCUUUACUGAACAAUUUAGUUAAAUUACCGUAUUUUAAUUGUUUACAUACCAAACAGACUUUAUCAGUGAUAAAAUAAUCCUUUCAAACAAAGAUGGGUCCUUUACCACAAGGAAGUAGAAAUCUCCAUAUCAAGGCCAGUCAAGGUCCAGAUAUUAACAUGAUGAAAUUUUACAUCACACAAAAUUCUACCACUUAUGGUAGAUAUCAUGAAAAAUUUAAACCAAGAACUGGCCGACAUACUGGGACUGGUUACUCUGCCAACUUCCGACCAGCCGUAUAUUAUAACCAACGUCUUGAUCAAUCUGAUAACCCAACUCUAGCAGAUAUUUGUUCCAAGAACUACCACACAGUAACAGAGAUAGCUUACCAACCGUACAAGGAGAACAGUGGUAGAGAACCUUUACCUGGUAAUGUCCAUCAAGUGGGGUCAGGAUUUGUACGACAGAAACCAAUCACAUUUUCUAAAGAUGCUGAUGUAAAGGCAGUAUUUAUAGAUACUAGGGCUGCCUCUGCACCAGCCAAUAUUCUGCCGAGAUCUAAACCUUUAUUACAUAGAAUACAAGCUAAGGAUCCGAUAGAAUUAGAAAAUGAGGGCUAUGGUCCUCAGUAUAUGUUAUCAGAGACAUCAAAGAGAUUCAGGGGAGAUCAGCCAGAUAGAAUGGAUGUAUCAAUGAAGACUGUUGGUGACCCAGAGGGUACAGGAUUUACACAUGCCUAUAACGUAGAACCAAUCACAUAUUACCCAGGUGAUCCACAUAAGAAUGAUAGACCUAGAUGGCAGACACACAGACCAACAGGGAUUACUAUAAUGAAGACAGAUUUCCUGAGAUCAGAAUAUCCACAUGGAGAUGAACCAUUACCAAACCUGGCUUCAGGAUCUGAGAGGGGGACAGGAUUCACAAGAGAAAAGGCAAAACCAUUGUAUGUCCAUAGAAAUCCUAUUGAUGCUUAUGAUAGAGCUGAUGAUAUUCCUGGUCUCAGAUUACAGAGAACAAAGAAAUCAGACCCAGCUGAUUAUCUGAAUAUGACAAAUCCAAACAACCAUUCUAGCAUUACAAAAGAUAUAUUUAAAGGUCAACAAAGGCCAAGUCAAAAUGAGGCUGAUCGUCUGGAGAGAACUGGUGUUGGGAAACAGGAGUUAUCUGGAUACAGUGAAAAUAAUGAUAGAUUUGUAGCUGUUAAUGAUGAUUAUAGACGAUUUACAACACAUUACAUGACCAGGUUUGGUCCAGAUCCCACACCUGUAGGAAAAGAUCGUGAAGGUCAUACUCGUGGGGAAAUACAACGGCAAAAACCAGAUGGAUUUACCAAGAGUACAUCUGUCCAUUCUUAUGGUCAAGAUAUACAUAGCACAGAUACUCUCAGAAGACUCGAGCCAUAUGUAGCAAGGAGUAUGAAAGCCAGAGAUGUGUUUUAUGAUGACCAUACACAUGAUGCUAAAAUGAACAGGAGUUUAACAGUGUUUUGAGUAGAGUUAUAAAUGAGUGAGAGAUGGUAUGUGGCAGUUAUAAUUAGACAAACUAAAUUGUUCAGUAAAAUAUAAGUUGCUGAAAACUUACAUUUUAUAUUAUUAUGUGAAUGUUUUUGUAUCUUAUAAAGACAUGUGUCAAAUGGAUGUUAUAUUUUUACUGAUUUUAUAUUGUUCUUGUGUCUUUAAUUUACGGACACUUUACUAGUCUUAUAUAUACAGAGUUCAAAUUUCAAUAUUAAAAAAACCAUAAGUUGACAUUUUUACAUUCUUUUCCACGAAAUUGCCCCCUAAUUAGAUAAUAAUAUCUGCUUACAUGCAGGUUAGUAACAUCACAUGGCAUUAUCUGGCUGGUUUGUGUAAUCUGCCACACAAUAUACAAUUAUUCGUAAACUUUCUUUUAAUAUUUAUUUCUUAAUGAUAUACUUAAAUACAAUUUUAGAAAGUUUAUAUGUUUGUGUAUAUAUUCCUUAUAUUUAUUUGCAUAUUUAUGUUUAUAUACUGCAGUUAUUUAUGUGCAAUAUAAGGAAAUCUUCAUUUUAUAAUAUGUUUUAUGUAAAGGGAAUGUUUAUUAAAAAUAGAAAUGAUACUUUAUUAAGAUUAAAAGAGGAUGAAAAAACCCCAGUUUAUCUAACAUAAGACCUCCAGAGUUGAGUUUUAAACCCAACAUUUACAUUAUAAAAGUUAUAUUUUUGGUUGAUGUUCAUUAUAUACUUUCCUAAUCAUCAAGCUUUAACCUACCUCUCUUCAGAAAUCCUGUCAAUAGUAUUUUCUUCAGAACUUCUCUAGUUUUGUUUUUCGUCUGUAGAGAAGUUUUUGAAAACACAAAACAAACCAUAAUAGAAAUGUCUAAAGAAGCAUCCUUUAUAUGUAAAAUUUAUUACUGUUAUAGAAACAGGGUGGUUUUAGGUUUACUGUUUAUUGUCACAGAAAUAGGGUAGUCAAAUUUCACUGUUUAUUAUUCAUGAUAAACAAAUUUUGUAUGCUGCUUUUUGCACAAAUUUGCUGAUUUUGAAACCAAUUUCUAACUAACAAGUUAUGCAAGAAUAUCCUUUUCUUAACUAUUUAUGGGUGUUACUUUAUUAUAUAAAUAUAUCAUAGUUUAUAUGCUUAUUUCAGUAAGAAACGCAAAACAAAAAAGAAAAAGCCACAAUAUUAUUGUAGAUGACUGUAUUCACAUGCUUAUCAAGGGUCACCCAACAAAAUAGACAGCAAUUUUAGACUUUAGAAAUGUUUUAUCUUUUUUGGUAUUUCAUUUACAAAUGUAUUAUGUAUUUUUCUUACAUGUAAUAUUUUUAAUCAGUAUUUAAAAAUUGUGAUAAAACCUUUUGCUGUUAAGUUUGUGACAUUCAAAUAAUUAUUUUUAUGAUGAUUUUAUGUAAUUCUAUUUUUAUUCUAUGUUUAUUUAUACAUUGUGUGUAAUGACUUUACAUGUCAUGUGUUUUUUAUUUGUUUAUUUGUAUCAAGAUUGAACCAUUCUGUCUGUCUGCUGUUGUUGGUUUUUUUUCUAUAUAAGUUUUUCUAUUCUUUUAUGCUGCUUAUUUAACUUUUGAAAACCAUGAGCAGUAAAACCUUAUGUUGUAACUUAAAGGACAGGUUUGUUGAAUCAAAUCAAUGUUUCUUGCUAAAUUAAAUUUGCACUACCUACGUUUAUAAAUUAAGAGAUUGUAACUAUUUUAUUGAGGUUUGGAUUCAGAAUAUAUCACUGGAUGUAUAUUAUCAGUACCUAAUGAAAAGAUUUCCAGUGUUAUAUAUUGAAAAUGAAAAUAUGUUUAUAAUGUUAUUUAAAACAUUUAACCAAUGAAGGUUGUGAUAUUGUAAAGUAACAACAUGAAUAGGUAAUAUUUAUAUGUCAAGGUCAGGUGAUUAAUCACUUGUCAAAGGCAUGUGAUCUAUGGAAUUGUAAAAUAAAUCAUGAUAUGAAAAAAUAAAAAAAAAAGUAUCUGAA